AUGGAAUCCGCUCGUCCCGGCCGUUGUGGACGGCUCGGCGCCGACGGGGGUGGAGUGCGCGUGGCGGCAUCUCGAGGAGGAUCCCCUUCUCCGGAGCCGCGUCUGACGACGACGACUCCGAAGGUGACGACGGCGGCGCGUUCGGGUGCCUCGUCCCCUCCCGCUCCUACGGCGGCUCGCCGACCUCGUCACCAACGCACGGGAUGCUCGCUGUGCUCGAAUCUCCGCCGGAGGAAACCCCGGCGCCCGGAGGCGGGCCUGCCCGGCGAUCGUUUGUCGACGAGGCCGCGGUGUCGCCAAGAGCUCCCGUCGGAGCCGGAGGGGGUCGACGCGCGGGGUUGCGGAGCAUCGGCCGGCGAGCGUGCCGUUGCCGAGUCACCCUUCACGGCCGGCUCGGCAGAACCUUGGCAAAGUAAAUUGAAGAAGAAGGAAAAUGGUACGAGGGCUCGAACGGCGGUGGCCUCCGGGAGGGUGGCCGGCUCGUGGGAGCAGGCCUUCCUGGACUGGGAGUACGGCAAUGCGCUGGACGCCGCCGAGUACCCCCCGAGAGAAGCGGCCGGCGGCAGCGGCGGUUCGCGCGACGAGUUCGGCGAACUCCUCGAGCGACUCGGGAGCCGGCAAGAGAGCCCCGAGGACCCUGCGGCCAGACGCGUCCCCGCGGCGCCCGCUCGGCGUCGCCAAAACUGCACCGGAGAGACGCUCGACGCAGCCCGUGCCAGCUCCCACCACGCGGGUCGACCGGCCGCCGGCAACAAAUCGCCGGGGUCGCGUGAGGGGUCUGGCGAUGGCGCUUGGUUCGGCUGGGAGGAGUACAUGGCCCUGCCGUCGCAGCUAAAGGACGCGGAGAUCAUCGCCCUCAAGCUAGGACGACUUGUCGACGCUCCUCGAGAAGAAGCCGUCGCAGAAGUCGGCUUGCCGAGCGAAUACCGACGCUCCCCAUUUCGUCGACAAAGUGACGGAAAAAAAGAGCCUCCGGACCACGACGGCGGGCAGCAAGUUGCCGCAGCUCUCUCCCGAGGAUGCAGGCUUUGGCCUCUUGGGGGGUCGAUGGAGACCGGAGGGGCCCGCGACGGGACGAGUGACACGGACGGGCCCGGCCGCACGACACCCGACGCUCGCGCCGGCCCGGCGGGCGCGCUGGACACGCUGGACACGCUGGACACGGGCCCGCUCAGCGACCUUCCCGUCUCGGGAAGGGCGUCACGUUCCACUGCUUGCGGCUCCCCGGACGGGGGACGCGAGCGCAGUGCCAGGGCGGCCUCGUGUGAGCCAGAGGACGAGCGGCGUCGCCUCGCCAACGACGGGCGACCGCAGUGCGAUGUUAAACAGCAGGUGGACAACGAUGCCAUAUGGGAGAAGACUGAGGCGUUUGUGAGAAAGCUGGACGAGCUCAUCGCGUGGCUCGCCGUUGCCAUGGAGAAGACAGAGAACUGGACCCUACCCGGCGCGGACGUUGGCAGCCUCGGCGUUUACUUAGAGACGCACCUCAACUUCAAGGUGGCCGUGGACAGUCGCCGUGCCCUCAAAGACGCCGUGGUGACGGAGGGGAGGAGCCUCAUGGAGCUGUUGAUCUCCCAGAAGCCGAGCCUGGAGCAGACCCUGGGCCUCGUGGAGAGCCAGUGGCGUGAGCUGCAGAGGCAGAUCACGCGCCAGCACAGAUGGAUUGUGCGCUCGCUGUCCACCGUGAGGUCCCAGCCUCUCGCGGACAACGACGAAGACGACCCCCGCGACCUCCGCACCCUGGCGGCCAUGGUCAGUGGGACAUGCGGCUUGGAUGAGCAGCUAAUAACCGAGCGGCGAAAUGAGUCUGCGAGCCCCGCGACACAACAAAGUGACGCCGCCCAGCGUAAUGAGGCCCCAGGAAUGGAGCAUGAGAGCCUCGUGGCGUUUGAGGAGAACUACCAGGAAAUGCGGGACUGGGCGCAAGAUCUGCGCGCUGCCAUGAGCAGGAGCCGGGCGGUGGAGACGAAUGGGCAGCCGGUGGCCGGGCGGCUGGAGGCACGGCUGGGGCGACGCGGAGCAGCAGAGGGCGAGGGGGGCGGAGUCCCCCCAGGGCCUCGGCCCGCACCGCCGCCGCCGCCUCCUCCGCCGCUGCAGGACGAGAUCCGGGAGCUGAGGGCCUGGCUCCGGGAGACGGAGCUCUUCAUCUUUAACUCGUGCCUCCUGCAGGCCCCGGCGAGCCGAGACCUUCCGACGAAACGGCUUGAUGCCUUCAAGGCGUUGUGCCAGGAGGUCGGGCAGCGGAAGGCGGCGGUGGUGGCAGCGCUGGGGCGUUGCCGCACCGCCCUCAGCGGCCAGGGCCCGGCCCUGUCCCCGGACGAGCGGCAGGGCCUGCAGGCGGCCGCCGUCAACCUGAGCCGCCGCUGGGACGCGAUCGUGAGCCAAGCGCAGCAGUGGCGGCGCCAGCUCGUGGUGUGUGCGGUUGAUGUCGGUGACAUGGACUCGAUGAGCGUGGAAACACUGCUAAUCCCAGAUCAGGUCAUGGACUGGGAUGUCACCGACGCGCCCAAUGACCUCAUUCAUCAUGGCGGCGGGAUACAGGAGCGGCUCCGAACUGGAACGCAGCCAGUCCCCAUAUCAGCAAAUUCAGCACGUUCGAGCGCUGGGGUAAAAGGAGCGGAAACCGAACGGCGCUCGGAGUGUCGCGGAUCGGGCAGCGAGGGACGGGGUCCCCAGAUCCUUCACUCGCCGCCCCAGGACACCGCGCCACCAGACGGAGACCCGCGUGGCGAACAUGGGAACGGCGCGGUGACCGACGGCCCGCGCCGUGUCGCGAUGAAUCAUUUAGAGCUGCUUGCUCAGCUCGCGGGAGAAAGGGAUGGUGGAUCGUGCUGCCAGCUGCCUACACACAGCCACAACUCCACCAGUAAUAAUACAAAUAAUAAUCACGCAAACUCUCAAUCGGAUACGUCUGAUGGCCGCGAGGUUUCUCCUCGUGCGAGCACGGGGGAAACGAGAAAAUGGGAUGACUGCGGAUUUACGGCCGACGUGGUGUGCGCUGCAAAGAGCGAAAAUGAAUCCAUCAGCAGUUUGCAGCGUUCGCCUAAACCUACGCGGAGUGCGCUCGCGGAGGAUGCUAAUGCAAUCCUCCAGGGUCGUGAAUACGCCGAUGGACAGAGAGGCCCCCGUGGAACGCGGUCCAUAUCGAUAAGUGGUGAAGUCCACAAUUCAUGUGUGCGGCGGUUUGCCCCCCCGCGCAUUAAUAAAACAUCGGCCCUGGUCGAGGCACCACGGCGCUUGGGGGGCGACGGCGGCCCUAACCCGGCCCGGUUCCUCGCCGGCGAUGAAAGUGCGCGCGAGAGCGGAGUCUUGGCUUCACGGGAGGAGGGCCCACUUGACCCGCUUGCUGCCUCUUGUGAAGAUUCAGACGGAGCCGUGCUCACGACGACUGGCGUGUCGGCACAAGAAAGACAUGUAGGGGCGAGCGCAUCGACCGGGCCGGAGGUUUCUGACACGAAGGGCUGCCGUCACGCCACACAAGACGAAUUUCAGGCCGUAGCUGGAGGUAACGGAGACGUUUUUGUGUCCACUGCUCCUGAGCAGCAGCAGCAGCAGAACGCGGUGUUGAGUUUGACGACGCUGAGCCUGAUUCAGAAACUGCAGGAGAUUCAGAGCCCAUUAUGCGCUGCGAGAAAAGAGACGUCUGCUGCUCCAGUUAUUGAUAGCGUUGUUUUGUCUUUCUCGGAUGGCCACCCAGUGCACCAGCGGUGGUCAGACAGCGGAGGAGGUCACCGUGGCCAGCGAUUGAGUGAAAUGAUCGCUAAUGAUGCUGACAGUGGCGUCGUUUGUCCAGAAAUAACCACCGAGAGGACAAUUGAUUUAGAUGGCGGUCAGCCCAGUCCCCUAACAGCACUCGCGUAUUCUGUGGAAAUUAAUAAGGAUCGGUCUCCCUUACCUGAAGAGCAUUGCACGUCUCUGGGGGCAAACACCCUCCCUCCGGACAAACCCAGCCUGGUGUGCGGUGGCAUCAACUCGAGCUGCAAUAACGGCAGUGUCUCGGCAGCGCAAUCGGCAUCGGAGGACGUGGCUCCUGUGCGCUUUGAAGAAGGCGAGGAAGCAACAAACAAGAUGGAGAUAAUGGCACAUAAACGUGACGACGCUCAGCCGAGUGUUGAGGGCGAUUGUUAUCGGCACGAUCCACAAAUCCAGAGUUUUGACGAAAAUAGAAAGGGUAACUCGUCGAGCUGCCACUAUAACACAAAAGGAAGGCUCUCUGCAGGCCCUCCCUUGAGGAGGAAAAGAAAGCAAGGGUAUUCAUCAACAGAAAGUGAAAAGAUGAACCGCAAUCGCGCGGCACCCGACAGACAAAUGGGCGAGGAUGAGCGCGGUAACGACGUGGCUGGGCGCGCUGGCGGCUCGGGGUUUGGUGAACAGAGCCGUGAAGCAAGCGGCCGCACGUCUCCCCAAGCCGAUUUUAAUUCAGCGGCUCAUCGUUUAUUUGAUUUGACUUGUAACCAAACAGACGGAGCACUAUCGCCCUUCUCAACCGUUGAAUUGCGAGGCAGUGAUGGAGCGGCUGACUCUCGCGCCGCCGGAGCAUUUAACUUGUUCACGGAUGAAGGAGUCGGCGCCGGUGACGGCGCCCCCUCGUCAGCGGCCCCGAGGUCAGGCCGCAGUGGCGUGCACCUUGCCACCAUGCACCGCUCGGAACGUAACAAGGGCAACCCUAGGCAAAUGUCAACAGGUCAAUUAAGUCACCCGACCGCCGUCGACAUUCCCAACUUAAAUUGUGCCAGGGAAGAUUCGCAUCUCAGCAGCAGCAGCAGCAGCUCUGAGAUCCACGAGGCAGGGGAUCAAUGUGAUGCAGCCUCGCACAAGGUUGAAGAUAAAUUGGUGCACGACUUCGUGAUGGAGAUCAUCGACAUGGCCUCGGCGGCUCUGCGCAACGUGGAGAGUCAGGACAGAGAGGGCCCGACGGGGCCAGGGUCCGCCGCCCUCAUCCGCGAAAAGAUACUGGAGCACUCGCAGAGGCCGCUGAGACUCCGCAAGGGCGACUUUUACUCAUACCUGUCGCUCUCCUCGCACGACAGCGACUGCGGGGAGCUGGGCAGCUGCGAGGAUGAGAGGUGCCCUUCGCCACCGCUGCCCGACUAUCGGAUGCCUUGCCACGGCACCGGUGGAAGAGCGAGCGCGACGCGCAUGGACGGAGGCCGGACGGCGGCCGCGUGCUGCGCCCGCGGGGCCCUGGAUGAGGUUGGUGACCUGCACUUCGGUGCCUGGGAAGAGGAGGAUGACGACCAGUGGGAGCACGGGCCGCUGCAUGGCGACAAGGAAGCAUCGCGAUCUUCCAAAGACGGGAGAGAUGCAGAUCGUUACGACCCGAGUGCCGUGUGUGAAACUUCCGGUGGCGCUCGCGGCUUCCGAGAAACGCAUAAUGUGGAAAAGGACACAUUGACAAGGAGGGUCCUUAACCCCUCUGAACUCGCAACUGAAGGCGCCGGUGAAAAAAUUAAUUGCGGAAUAUCACCCGGCUGUGGGCCCAUUCAAACUGAAGAUUCGCGCUCGAGCACGAUGAAAGGUCACGUGGCGCGCGAAAAUAUCGCGGCGCAGAAAUGCCAAGUGAGGAGCUGCUUCGUGGAAACCGGGGAGAGAGUGGCGAACGCGCACUUGAGCCGUGGAGACUGCCGCACGUCCGAGCGGGAUGGGGAUGCGAGUAAUGAGGAGGACGAACUGUGCGGGAGUGCGAGAGCGUCGCGGUGGCACGCGGCGGCAGCUCGUGGUGAGGCGGAGACGUGGCAGACAACGUCCCCGGAGCUGGCAGCCAUUAGUGCCGUCCAACAACACGCGAAUAUGGUGCCAAUGCCACCACAUACGGAAAGUGUUCGGCUGCCAGGGUCGGUGAACUGGCAGGGCGAAUGGCACACCUCCAGGCAGCACGGCGCUCGAGCUACCAAUCACGGACCUGGCAUCCACACACGUUCACUCUCGCCACCACCGCGCCGGGACACAGCAGAGAUCUCGAAGCCUCCGACUUCCCGCGGCUUCAUCUCGUCUCACGGCGUGCCAUUCGUCUGAAUCCCUCGUAUCCCCUAAUUGGCACGGGGCAGCGGAGGUAGGCAAAUGUAACUUUUUUGCUCGAGAAAGCGCAGACGCCGCCUCCUCUGGCGUCGCUGUGAUUGGGAACCGCACCUUUUGCCCGUCGCCACCCGAGACUCGUAUUCUUCGUCGCGGCGGCGGCGAUGAGGAAUACGAAUUGUACGCCGCCGGCACGGACGUUGCUCACGAUCCUGGUGCCCGUCAUGAGCCUCCCGGGUAUCCGGCGGGUGAGAACAACAGCGCCCCGGCGGAGGCUGAUGUCUCGCCGAAGCUCGGCUCUUCGGCGGCGCCGGCGCGACGGCGUUCGUUUGGCGGGCGCGUGUGGCGCGCGGGCGUCCUGCUCUGGGGCUGCCUGCUCGGGCUGCUGCUGCUGGCCCUGCUGCUGCCGCUGUGGCUGGCGCCGCGAGACUGCAGCCACUCGCGCUUUUCCUCCUCUUGGGGCCCCGUACUCAUGUACAGCAACGGGCCGACCCCCGUGUAGCCCCACCACGUGCCCUGCUGCUCGACGUACGGGAACAGGCGCACAAUCACGGUCGGCUAAUUGUGAAGUGUAGGAGUGAUGGUGAUGGUGAUGAUACCACUUCCGUUAACAAGCUGACAGCUUGUGCUGUUAGCGGACGGGAGCAGGUACAGAAUCAUGGACAGAUACAAUGUAAAGUAUAUGUACAUGAUUUCUGCUGAUGGAUAUGAUGACAAUGAUGACGAUAACAAUGUCAGAAUUCUGAUGCUCGAUCUUCUGACACCAAGCAGGGGACAUAUAGUGCUGCUCUUAGGCUGAUCGAAGUAAUUGAUGAAAGUCACGGUGUAUGUACUUGAGAUCUGAUGAUAAUAGUAACGUCAAAACUGGAAUGCUAAAAGUUCCCACGACCGGGACAAUUGCCUGAUGGCUAUCCUCCCACCGCCAGUAUGGUUUAAAGGGAAAAGUUUUGGUGCAGAGAUUCUUCAAAAAAGUCAAAUAGAAGUGAUAACCGCAAUCUUUCCAUGUGAGUUUGAACAAAACAACAAAGCAUAGACUGCUGCUGCAUACGUUACACCAGCGAACAGUCGUGCUUAAAAAAUAUACAAGUUUUGCGAUGUUUUCAUUCGCUGAUAUUCGUAGUCAGAUUCUUCUAGAUGAAUAUCGUGGAGAACCUAACGGCGUUUGAUAGGAGAGCCCUUGCUCACGAAGAAGCCCCCCCCCCCCCCUCUCGGGCUCUGUCGCAGGGUAUCCAGACUGUCAGGAGCCAUCCGUGAAUCACACUUUACGCGUGGUGUAAAAGCAACGAUAAUACCAUUGUUAUGAAUCACGGUCGUGAAAAGUGAUUUUCAAUAAAGCGUUAACAAAUGAGAAAUGGCAAAACUAAAAAUAGUACGCUCUCCAUGGAUGUACUUAGAGUGAGAAAAACAUGAAAAUGUUUAGAAUUGGUGUUGUUUUUGAGUGUGCCGAAAAAUAUCACAACAUAAAUACUGUACAAAAUUUCCACGACACAAAAACUCCAAUGCCUUAUGUUGACAUUCAACGAAAGUAGUCGUGCGCAGAACACUGUGAGGUCUGGAGAUGUGGGUUUGACAUCGAACGGAAGUAAGUGAAUGGAUCGAGAGAAAGAUAAAUGAGGAUGCUCUGGGGGUAGGUUCGGCAGGGAAGUCUAACAAUCCAGAUGUGUGGUUUGGCGAUCACGUCGUCAGAGAUGAAAGCUUCACGGAAGGAAAUUGUGGAAAGGUUGAGGAUGUUGGGGAAAGGCCAAGAGGCAAAGAGAAAGAUGCUGCUUGGCGACUUGAAGUGAGAGCGGGACCGGCCCGUGAGAUGAAGAAGAAAGCUCGAGAUUGGACAGGAUGGAAGUUUGGCCAAGAGACUUUUCGCUGGGCAGAGAACUAAAGCGAGUGGUAGACACUAUGUCUGUUGAUCUAUGCAACGUAUUAUUAUUAUUGGAAUGAAUAAAUUCUGGUUAUUAUUUCUAAGGCUCCACAAGUUUGGUGUAUUGUUACCAAGGGAGAGUGGUGGUAGGGUCUUUGGCGCACUGCGCUCUGAAACCGAUUAACUUGGUUCAAUUCCAAGCCAAGGGUAACAUCGGGUGGCGAAGUGGCAUUUGAACUGGUCCUGCCCCCGCUCUGUCGCCCACCUCGCCAACGCGCACCGACCAGUAUGGUCAAGAGGACCACCAUGACUCGACGCGGUGUGGCGAUAGGCCUUCAUUCAGUAGGGCACUGGCAAAGGGCUCGUAAAUUAUUACUGUUUUAUUAUUGCCGCAAAAAAAGCCAACGUGGGAAGUAGUGACUUGCAUUUUUCAU